AUGCCCAAGAGGAAGGUCAACUCUACAGAAGGGGAAGUAAAGGAGGAGGCCAAGAGGACAUCUGCCAGAUUGUCAGCUAAACCAGUCCUUACAAAAGUUGAAACCAAGCCCAAAAAGACAGCAGGGAAGGAUAAAUCUGAGGACAAAAAAGUUCACACAAAAGGGAAAAAAGGAGCAAAAGGAAAACAAACUGAAGCUACUAACCAUGAAGAAAAUAAAGAUGAAUUGACUGCAGAAAAUGGAGAAACUAAAAAUGAAGAGGUUCCAGUCUCUGAUUCAGCAGGAGAAAAAGAAACCAAAUCUGAAUAACAUCUUAUACCAAGUCUUUUAACAAUUGUCCCUGUUACCUCCCUUCUUGUACAAUUCAGAGGAAUAUUUUUAUCAACUAU